AAUUCAGUUCGAUUCGAUUUGCGGUGUGUAUGUAACCUUCCUAGAAAGGUCGGUGUGUGUAGCGCAAUUAUCACUAAAUUAAUUUCGAUCUAAAAAACUGUCUAUUUUAACAAGUUGUUCAAUAAUUUGUUUGCGCGUAACUUUAGUGCGUCAAGAUGUUGAGGACAAUUGCAGCACGCAACGAACUCGUAAUACUGCGUGGAACAGCGCUAGCACGAGCAAGACCAGCACGUGAAGCCGUACGUGUUAUGGGCGCACAAACGGCAAGGAAGCUACAGACACUCAGGCUUGGGCCCAAGAACCAUGUGGCAACCGUUACAAAGCCGUUGGGUAUGUGGAGUACGAAUUUUGCACGAAACUAUGCCGACCUGCCGUCGCACAUCAAAGUGUCACUACCGGCUCUUUCGCCCACUAUGGAACAGGGUACCAUUAUUAGUUGGGAGAAGAAAGAGGGCGACAAAUUGAACGAAGGUGAUCUCUUGGCUGAAAUCGAAACUGACAAGGCAACAAUGGGCUUCGAAACACCUGAGGAGGGCUACUUGGCCAAAAUUGUCGUACAAGCUGGUACCAAAGAUGUAGCCAUCGGUAAAUUGGUUUGCAUUAUUGUGGAAAAUCAAGAAGAUGUGGCCGCAUUCAAGGACUUUGUUGACAGUGCACCAGCAGCAGAUAAACCAUCUGCAGCAGCACCACCACCAGCAGCAGCUGCACCAGUAGCACCGCCACCACCAGCUGCUGCACCAGCACCUGUGGCCGCCGCACCUGUCGGUGGUAAGCCCAUGACAGCCGUAGAGCAACGCGGCGAACGUGUGUACGCCAGUCCAAUGGCAAAAAAACUGGCCGAAAGUAUUGGUACUUUCCAGAGUAAAAACAGUUAA